AACAGCCGCGUUUUUCCCCGAGGUGUUGUGCGGCGCGGUAAAAUAGGCGUGUGUGAGGUGGAAAAUCGACGUUCCACUUCUGUUGCGUGUUUCGUCCGUCCGUCCGUCCAUCGAAAGCGAAAGCAAUUUCCUGGCGAAAAGUAGGCGAUAAUCAAUUAGCAAGUUUGCAAGCGACUGCGGGAGCCAUCCGAUCGGUGCGUGGUGGUGCGUUGGUUCCCCGUUCUGCGGGACACAUCGGAUCGGAAGGAGGCCAUCGAUCGUCAGGUCAACGUUGGGCGCUGCCGUUUGUCUUCCCGUUUGUCGUUGCUCAGCAUCCAGCAAGCUCCGCGACUAAGCUAGAGGACAGGUGAGGAUUCCGUCGGGCACCGCAAAUAACCGUAGAGAGCCCUUUUUCUGAAGCGAUAAACAAGUGGUGAAACCCCCCACCCCAUCUUCGCGGUACCAUGGCGAGAUCGAUCGAUGAAGAGACCGGUAGGACGGACUCGUACCGGGUGGCCACGGUGGCCCCGGUUAAGGAUGACAACCGUACAGCCGAUGGGCAGUUUAAGUCAAGACGCAAAAUGCCGCCAAAGAAGAAAGCCGCCGAUUUAGAUGAUUUAAAGCAGGAGUUGGAUAUCGAUUAUCAUAAGAUCACACCGGAGGAACUGUACCAGCGACUUCAGACACAUCCGGAAAAUGGUCUUAGCCACGCGAAAGCCAAGGAGAAUCUGGAACGAGAUGGACCAAACGCCCUGACCCCGCCCAAACAGACGCCCGAAUGGGUCAAGUUCUGCAAGAAUCUCUUCGGCGGUUUCGCUCUGUUGCUGUGGAUCGGCGCAAUCCUGUGCUUCAUCGCGUACUCGAUCCAGGCCAGUACCGUCGAGGAACCGGCCGACGAUAAUCUCUAUCUCGGUAUCGUGCUGGCCGCUGUCGUGAUAGUGACCGGUAUUUUCUCGUACUACCAGGAAUCGAAAAGUUCAAAGAUUAUGGAAUCGUUCAAGAACAUGGUCCCCCAGUUCGCUACCGUUCUGCGUGAAGGCGAGAAGCUGACGCUGCGCGCCGAAGACCUCGUCAUCGGUGACGUCGUUGAGGUCAAGUUCGGUGACAGGAUACCGGCCGAUAUUCGUAUCAUUGAAGCGCGUAACUUCAAGGUUGACAACUCCUCGCUGACUGGUGAAUCGGAGCCGCAGUCCCGUGGACCGGACUUCACCCACGAGAACCCGCUGGAAACCAAGAACUUGGCCUUCUUCUCGACCAACGCCGUUGAGGGUACCGCGAAGGGUGUCGUCAUCAGCUGCGGUGAUUACACCGUGAUGGGUCGUAUCGCUGGUUUGGCUUCCGGUUUGGACACGGGCGAGACCCCGAUCGCCAAGGAAAUCCACCAUUUCAUCCACCUGAUCACCGGUGUCGCCGUGUUCCUCGGUGUUACCUUCUUCGUUAUCGCCUUCAUCCUCGGCUACCACUGGCUUGAUGCGGUCAUCUUCCUGAUCGGUAUCAUCGUCGCCAACGUGCCGGAGGGUCUGCUGGCCACCGUGACCGUGUGUCUGACGCUCACCGCCAAGCGUAUGGCAUCGAAGAACUGUCUGGUAAAGAAUCUGGAGGCUGUCGAAACGCUCGGCUCCACAUCGACCAUCUGCUCGGAUAAGACCGGAACGCUAACGCAGAACCGUAUGACCGUUGCGCAUAUGUGGUUCGAUAACCAGAUCAUCGAGGCCGAUACCACGGAGGAUCAGAGCGGUGUGCAGUACGAUCGCACCAGCCCCGGAUUCAAGGCUCUGUCCCGCAUUGCCACGCUGUGCAACCGUGCCGAAUUCAAGGGUGGUCAAGACGGUGUGCCAAUUCUGAAGAAGGAAGUAAGCGGUGAUGCCUCCGAGGCUGCCCUGCUGAAGUGUAUGGAGCUGGCCCUCGGCGACGUGAUGAACAUCCGCAAGCGCAACAAGAAGGUGUGCGAGAUUCCGUUCAACUCGACCAACAAGUACCAGGUGUCGAUCCACGAGACGGAAGACCCGAGCGAUCCGCGCUACCUGCUGGUGAUGAAGGGUGCCCCCGAGCGUAUUCUGGAGCGUUGCUCGACCAUCUUCAUCAACGGCAAGGAGAAGAUGAUGGACGAAGAGAUGAAGGAAGCGUUCAACAAUGCCUAUCUGGAGCUCGGCGGUCUCGGUGAGCGUGUGCUCGGUUUCUGCGAUUUCCUGCUCCCCUCGGACAAGUACCCGGUUGGCUUCAAGUUCAACUCGGACGAGGUUAACUUCCAGGUUGAAAAUCUCCGCUUCGUCGGCCUGAUGUCCAUGAUUGAUCCGCCGCGUGCUGCCGUCCCGGAUGCCGUCGCCAAGUGCCGCUCGGCUGGUAUUAAGGUCAUCAUGGUUACCGGUGAUCACCCGAUCACGGCCAAGGCUAUCGCCAAGUCGGUCGGUAUCAUCUCGGAGGGCAACGAAACCGUCGAGGACAUUGCCCAGCGUCUGAACAUCCCCGUUUCGGAGGUAAACCCACGUGAAGCCAAGGCUGCCGUCGUGCACGGUUCGGAGCUGCGUGACCUGUCCUCGGACCAGAUGGACGAGAUUCUGCGCUACCACACGGAGAUUGUGUUUGCCCGUACUUCACCACAGCAGAAGCUGAUCAUUGUGGAGGGUUGCCAGCGUAUGGGUGCCAUCGUGGCCGUAACGGGUGACGGUGUCAACGAUUCGCCCGCUCUGAAGAAGGCUGAUAUCGGUGUUGCUAUGGGUAUCGCUGGUUCGGAUGUGUCGAAGCAGGCCGCUGACAUGAUUCUGCUCGAUGAUAACUUCGCCUCGAUCGUCACCGGUGUUGAGGAGGGACGUCUGAUUUUCGACAAUCUGAAGAAGUCGAUCGCCUACACGCUGACGUCUAACAUUCCGGAAAUUUCGCCCUUCCUGGCAUUCAUCUUGUGCGACAUUCCGCUUCCGCUCGGAACCGUCACCAUUCUGUGUAUCGAUCUGGGCACGGACAUGGUACCCGCCAUUUCUCUUGCCUACGAGGAAGCCGAAUCCGAUAUCAUGAAACGCCAGCCCCGUAAUCCGUUCACUGAUAAAUUGGUCAACGAAAGACUUAUCUCGAUGGCCUACGGUCAGAUUGGUAUGAUUCAGGCCGCCGCCGGUUUCUUCGUGUACUUCGUCAUCAUGGCUGAGAACGGAUUCCUGCCGCUGAAGCUGUUCGGUCUCCGCAAGAGCUGGGACUCGAAGGCCAUCAACGAUCUCACCGAUUCGUACGGCCAGGAAUGGACCUACCGCGACCGUAAGACACUCGAGUUCACCUGCCACACCGCGUUCUUCGUGUCGAUCGUCGUGGUCCAGUGGGCCGAUUUGAUCAUCUGUAAGACUCGCCGUAACUCGAUUUUCCACCAGGGCAUGAGAAACUGGGCCCUCAACUUUGGUCUCGUGUUCGAAACGAUACUGGCUGCCAUCCUGUCCUACACGCCGGGUAUGGAUAAGGGUCUGCGUAUGUUCCCACUGAAGUUCGUCUGGUGGCUGCCAGCUUUACCGUUCAGCUUGUCCAUCUUCGUUUACGACGAAAUUCGUCGCUUCUACUUGAGACGCAACCCAGGCGGCUGGCUAGAGCAAGAAACGUACUAUUAGGUCAACAAAUUUAUAUUUAAAAAGAUUAAUUAAAAAACAAAACCAGAAAACCAACUCCCCCACAUACACACACAUAUACCAACAACAACAACAACACCACAAAACGAACACGUACGCUACACACACACAAAGACAGAUCUACAGCGCAUACACCCGUACACCGAUACAGACACACACUCGAAGGAAAUAGACGUACAAGUACAAACACCCAAAAUACAGUCCAAACACACUCUCACGCACCGGAAAAACAGAUCACUUACACACACACACAUGCACACACACACACACACACUCAGAUAUCGAACAGCGAAAGCUACUAGUAGUUGGGCGUGAGAUUGAAAGGAGGAAGCUUAUAUAAUAUAUGCGAGCCAGCAGAGCCAGACACAAGCAGAGCACACCGUUAUAAAGCAAAACGGGGUGUACCGGUUAGUUGUGCGAGUUGUGGAGGAGAUAAAAUAUUAAAAAUUAAGCAUUAUUACGAACGACAGUAGUAGAGACGGGAAAAAGGGAGAGGAGGAAAGCAGAGGAAGGAAGCGGCUGAUGAUGCUGCGGAGCGCGUUCCGGAGAGCCAGACGACGAAAGCUCUGCGCAACGACGCGGGAUGAUGAUACACGGAGAAAAGAACACGGACCCUUCAGUGUGCGCGAUACAAGAUUUAGUAGCGAGGCCAGGCCCGUAGGAAAGACGAGAAGUAAACAAGAAGCAGCGAGUGGCGAAACGAAAGGAGGAGGAAAAUCACGACGAUGUUAGCUAGGGGUUAGAAGAUCAACCGUAAACGAUCGUAGUCUUAUACUGAAGGCACCUUCCCCCACCACCCCCACCCCCCACCCAAACCACCCACCCAGAGAAGCAUAGCAACACAAGCGCGCCACCACCACCACCACCGCCACCAUCAAAACCAUUUGCGGCCCUCUUGCAGGGUGAAACGCAACCCUGUGGUAUGCGCUCGUGUUUGUAUGCGCGUGUGUGUGUGUGCUUGUGCGUGUGCGCGCGUACGUGUGCGCGGGUGGAUAGGCACAAAUAGAAAGGAAGAUCAUCGAGAGAGCUAGAAACCGCCAGGGCGUACGUGUGUGUGUUUGUUCGAAUUCGAACCGAUCGGAAAGGAACAGCAACACCACCCACCUUCUUGACCCCCUCCUACCAUGGACGGGAGCUAGAAGGAUGUGUGUGUGUGUGUGUGCUUGUGCGAGUGCGUGUGUGUGCGCGCUAGUGUGUGGAAAAGCUAGGAUGCGUCGCCGCUAAUAAAACGCUAUUCGCUGGGGCAAACCACUCUGGAUGUGGAUCGAUUGGCAAAGUUGGAAAACGAUUGAGAAUGAUGAUAAUGAUGAUCGUGGGGUUGACGCUGCCUGAACGGCGGGGGUGUGUUUAUAUGUUUGUGUUAGCGGGAGAGAAAUGUUACAAUGUUUUUUCUUAUAUACUUUUAACUUCAAUAUGGAAUAGGGCGUUAGGAGGAGGAGAAGCAGCAGCAGCAGCAGCAGCAGGACGUGGAGGUGGCAUGUGCAGUGAAGUCGUGCAGUAGUAAUUCGAAUUCGGUCCAGAAAUAUCUGGUACCCACAAAUCUCACCGCGCGUAAGAUAUACUAAGCAUUGCUUGCAGUUUUGCCGAGGUUGACAAAAGACGUUUGCUUUUUGAGGUGGGUUUGCGUAUUUCACGCUUUACAAGGAAGGUACCCUUGCGCUGGUCGGUCGGUCGGUCGGUCGGUCGGUCGGUCGGUUGGAGCCUUAGGAAGGUGGUGGAGAGAAGUGGUGAAGAGAUGUAAUGUUAAACAACCUGGCGCACACUCUUGAGAACCGAAAGAAGGAUGCUAUAUGUUACUGUUUGGUUGUUUUGUUGGGCAAUGGGCUGCAUAAGAACACACAAAACAUCCGAAGGAUACGUUGUUGUGCAUUUUUCUUCAAAGCAAGUCUCGUCAUUUUUUGGCAUUGGUUUCGAAAGACAGGAUCCCAUUUUCCAGGUUGGCAAAAAACACACAGUAGCUUUCGAGGGUUUGGAUUGAUAAGCGGGGGAUGGCGCACGCAUAGUGCAUGCAUAUAUGAGAAAGUGUUUGUGUGUGUAUGUGUGUUUGUUUGUGUUAACGUUUAAUGAUGCGUUUGUCCAUCAAAAGGUUUAAAAACAAAAAAAAAGACACCACCUCAUGUUGAUUAUCCACACACGCACUGGAAGACCGAUUUCGGUCGAGUUUUAUCGUCCUUGUUCGAAACGCUUGCCCGCCGAGAUCCGAGCUGGGAGUGCGAUCAGUGCGAUCUCUCUGCCCGUGACUGUGUUCACUGUUAGGUGUAGAUGUACGGGUGCUUUUAUGGUCAUUGCAGCAUGGCUGAUUGUUCUGUUACAGCUUGGGUUUUUUUUUUCAAAACUAUUUCAUUGUGUUUAUAGAGGCACCCCUAAUGGACGGUUUUCGAUCGCGAAUGUAAAUGUCCGUUAGUACAUAUAGCGGCCUGCCUGACCCCCGGUGGCCACCGCAACGCACGUUUUAUAUAUCCUUCACCUUGUUGUUGAAGACGAUCAACUUAGCCGUUAGCUUGGUGGGAAAACAGUGCGCGCCUAAGAGCCUAGCAUACACCCAAGGUAGUGGGACCGGGAAGAGGAACGAACGGGGAGGGCAUGAGUAGCAAUCAGUAGCAUCUCAUCGGCAGGUAGACGCAGCGCAGGAUGUUCGCGUGCGCACCAUGUUUUCUUACACCCCGCGGCGCGUUAGAGGUAUAAUCAUGUGUGUAUCGCAUUAACUGUACAACGUAUGUCUUCGUUACAAGCAUACGGCGCAAUUAUACCGUUCUCCUUCCGUCAUUCUCUUUAUGGCAACUAGCAUAAGGCAGGCACCGAACGCGAACCUUUGGUUGUAGCAAACCUCUGAGUAAAUGAAUUAGCAGAACAGAAGCAAAAGCAAGCAACCUAGGCUAUAGCUCUAUAGUUCACAGGUCGAUUAACGCUACCGAUCCACCCUCCUUAUUACAUGCAUCUACAGCCCAAACAACCAUUCACCUAGGACGGAAAAGGGUACGCAGAGGCAAGCAAACAGGGGCACAUGCGCGCGCGCCUGUGUGUAUGUGUGUGUGUGUGUGCGUGUGUGCGUGGGUCCUCCCAGGGGAUGCUUGAUCUCCGGGCGGAUGGCUCCGUGUUCUGAAUUUUCCCACGUUCAUUGUUCUCUAAUUAAUCAUAAAUUGAUAUAAAAAAAAACAACAACAACAAUAAACAUCAAACAAGAAAACAGUCACACAUACAUACACAGGCACACAUGCAUACAAGUAAACACGAUGCAAAAUGAUUGAAAUCAACUCGUUGUUAGUUACAAAAAGAAAAGGUAAUAAAAGUAAAUAAUACGCUCGGAACAUAAUUUAAAAAUGAAUAAAACCAUAGUACAUAGAGAAAACAAAACAAAACUGAGCAAGAGUGGAAUGAAUUAUUAAACGAGAAGAGAAACGGCACCCAAACCAACCCGAAGGAUUUGGCGAGUAACACAAGCAGGCCAUGCCAUUCGAUGCUGUAGUGUCGUCCCCGUCUUCAUCGUCGUCGUCGUCGCCACCGCCGCAACCGCCGCCGCCGUCGCUGUCGUCGUCGUCCUCGUCGUCGUUGUCGUUGUUGUUGUUGUUGGUGUUGGUGUUGUGGGAAGUGUUGGGAAGAAUGUCGCAGUCGAAAAAGGGAUCAUCCAAAAUCUCGCCCACGCGCCUUCCAGCCAACAGCAAGAGCAAACGAACGACACGGGGCGAACACGAUACGAUAACAUAGAGCCACAUAUAGAGAUGACAUAUACAAACAUACACAUGAAAAAAAAAACUCACACAAAAUUACCCACCCGCGGAUCAAAAAUUAAUAACAAAAUAAAAUACAAAAAAAAAACGUCACACAAAUGUAAGCAACAGCAGCGCAUGAAAUAUGCCACGAUCGGUGAAACAAUGGGCGCAAGAGGAAAGUAUAAAAAAGAACCUUUCAAAAUGAAACCACAAUGAAUCACUGAAACACAUACUUAGAAACGAAAUAGAAUUUGAUGAUACGCAAAAGAGCGAAGAUGAUAAACGCAGACAGUACAGCGGCAAGAAAAGCUACAAAUAGAGAAACAAAACAACAAAAAAAAAGGUAAAACCAAAUUUGUUAUGUUCAUAAGAGUAACAAAACACAGUGCUGAGCUGAAGAGAUAACGUUAAUACUAAAAGAAAAAACAAGUAGAGAAUUAAAUAAACAAAAAAACGCGGAUCUGUUUCUUUCUCUAUCUAUCCCUUUUUCCAUCCUGUGUUGUCUGCAAGCACUAUCGCUUGGUGGUUCGCCAGUAGUUGGUACGCUCGAGUUGGGCGGUGUGCUGUAGUGUGGAAGCCUUAAGGUUUUCUCUUUUUCUAACUUGUCAAUUUGGUUUUUGUUUGUUUUUGGGGCUACAAUAAAACAAAACCAACAGGUGAUAGUAAUCACUUUCCUCCCAUGGAUGCCACCAGGGCAGGGGAGCGAAAGAAGACUAUCACUGUGGGAUUUUCUGUGGUCUUCUGAAACAUAUUCUCCUCUUAACUUUCCCGCUCUCUCGUUUUUAUUUUAUUCUUCUCUACUUUCAAAAAUUUGUCUUCGCUUCUAAAGCAGAGUAAGUAUAAUGUAGGAAGUAUAAGAAAAUAAAAAAAGCAGCCUAAGUCUUGUUAGUGUUUGAAUUGUGCGGUAAAACAACAAUAAAAAAGACGAUCGAUCGUAUAAACCACUGAAUACAUGAAAUCACAUACACAAACGAUGAUACGAUCGUAUCAUAGGUCGGUUAAAGUUGAAGGGGUUGAAAGACAACGGUUGAAUCUCAAGUUGAUGAUAGAAUGGACGAUUAUGACGACCACUGGAGUUUGCAAAGUAAAAGUUUAAAUCAUACACAAGCAACGCGUCACAUAAAACUGCCCGAUUGUUGUAAAUGAUAAAUAAAUAAUUAUAUAAUAAAAGAUUAACAACGCGAUACAGAACCAGAAGAGAAAACACACAACAAAACUGAGAGCAAGAGGAAGUAUAGCGGAAAUCAGCACGCCGAAUAAAAUGGAAGGAAAAGGGUAGGAAAGAUAUAUAAAAAUAUAAAGAAACCCUACUUUAAAUUGCGUCGUCUUUGAGAUGUAUUGUAGAAAGUGGGCAGCGCAUAAAUGGUAUGGCUUAAACAAUACGGGAAGUCACGCAGAUAAACGCAAGGAAUGGAUAUAAUUAAAACUGCAACACAAAACCCACAGUGGCAUCGUGCUCUCCACGCUUAUCUCUUAAUCAGGUAUCCUCGUAGCAGGAACCGUUGUAGUUGAAGAACGUCGGAGGUCGAUUAUGUCGUAAGCAAUUAUUAAGACCAUUUCGAGGGUGAGAGUUUAUUUCGUUACCGCAUACAAAGUAAUACAUUUAAAGAAAAUCGCCUCCUUUAUGUCGAUGGGUUCGCAAGUUUAAAAGCAAAAUAAAUAUUCGCAUUAAAGGGCAACACAAAUCACUUACAAGCACACUGCAAAACACCGAAAACUAACACUGACAUCGACACUCCCGACCCCAACCAUCCUGUUCCCGCGCAGAUCAGUUCGGUGUCCGUGUCCAAAACAUUAAACGUAGGCUUCUGGGUGAUCGCUAAACCUAUCGCAGAAGAAAGUCGCUGUUUUGCCGCCACCGUGUGUACACGAAAAGCUCACGCCAACAAAAAAGAGAGAAUGAAAAAAAAACACAAUAGUUUAAAUUUAAACAUAAAAAGGCAAACAGUUGCGUGUACCAUUCGAAACAGAAAAGAAACAGAA